UAUAAUAUUCGAGUUAUGGUAAUAAUUAAUUCUGUUUUUAUAAUACCAAAUUGUAACAAAACUUGUAUUGAUCUCAAUCUUAUCAUUCAAAACGAUUCGGGUUUCAAAUUAUUACUACAAUUUGCCUUUUCCUUAAAGGAAGCUCGGAUUCUCCUCGCGGUUUUGCCUUCCGGCCCGAUGAUACGUUGUUAUCAACCCGGACUUCGAUGCGCGUGUAGCAUGACGCACGCGUCGCUCGGUCUCGGCCAGUCCCCCCUCGCCGUCUUCGGACUCCGACGGCCACUCCACACUAACUCCAAUCGCGGCAGUUGUGGCUCCACUGGCUCCGUGACCAGUCGCUCAUCAGCGUGCGGACAAAGUGGUUCUUACGUCUCUACGAUCAGUCUUCAUCUUGUUUUUUCAUCCAUUCAGCAUAAUCUUAAAAAAAGUACCAUGGCAUCUGUGUGCAUUAUUGGCUCCGGUAACUGGGGCUCAGCAAUCGCCAAGAUAGUCGGCGUGAAUGCGAAAAAACAGAACAGCUUCGCCGACCGUGUCACCAUGUACGUUUACGAAGAGAUUAUCGACGGUAAGAAGCUGACGGAGAUUAUUAAUCAGACUCAUGAGAACGUCAAAUAUCUUCCGGGACAUAAGAUCCCCGAGAAUGUGAUUGCGAUCCCAGACGUGGUCGAAGCUGCGAAAGACGCGGACAUUCUUAUAUUUGUGGUCCCGCAUCAGUUCAUCCAAAGGAUAUGCAGCACCCUGCAGGGAAAAAUCAAACCCACCGCUGUCGGUCUAUCAUUGAUCAAGGGCUUCGACAAGAAGGAAGGUGGUGGCAUCGAACUUAUAUCUCACAUUAUUUCGAGACAAUUGCAAAUCCCAAUCUCGGUACUGAUGGGUGCUAACUUGGCUUCCGAAGUUGCCGAUGAAAUGUUUUGCGAGACCACCAUCGGCUGCAAGGACAAAGUGAUGGCGCCGAUACUUCGGAAUCUGAUCCAGACGUCGUAUUUCAGAGUGGUAGUUGUCGAAGACGUGGAUUCUGUGGAAUGUUGCGGUGCAUUGAAGAAUAUAGUUGCCUGUGGAGCUGGUUUUGUCGACGGGCUGGGUCUGGGUGAUAAUACGAAGGCUGCAGUAAUCAGGCUGGGUCUCAAGGAGAUGAUCAAGUUUGUCGACGUGUUUUUCCCAGGCGGAAAAUUGGCGACCUUUUUCGAGAGUUGUGGAGUGGCUGAUUUAAUCACAACGUGCUAUGGUGGACGUAAUAGAAAGGUCUCAGAGGCUUUCGUGAAAACUGGCAAGUCGAUCGAAACACUGGAGAAAGAGAUGUUGAAUGGACAGAAAUUGCAGGGCCCAUUUACCGCCGAAGAAGUCAAUUAUAUGUUGAAAUUAAAGAACAUGGAAAAUAGGUUCCCAUUGUUCACGGCAAUUCACCGGAUUUGCGUUGGUGAGCUAAAACCAACGGAUUUAGUCGACUGCAUACGCAGCCAUCCAGAACACAUGUAAGCUCAUAAUUGUUAUCAUAGCAUUUUAAAGUUGGUUCACUAACGUAAAAAUAGGGAUAAUUAUCCCGCCCAGAUCUAUGGAUCCUUUAUCAGAGAAUUUAAUUAAUUUGAUUUCGAUUGAUGAAGUCUCCAACGAAUCAAAAACUUCAAGAGCAUAAAUUAUUUUUAAUUAUCUAACUCUUUCUCUGCGAUUCCAAACAGUAUCAUUUUAAGUUCUUUAAAACUCACUGAUAAGAUAAAUUAAUAGAGACUCGACAAUGCGAUACGAAGACCGUGCUAAUCUUGGAUCAAGUUUGAUUGUAUUCUGAUUACAAAAUUUUACAUUGCUCGAAGUUUUAAUGGUUCCAAGAUUUCAUAGAUCUAUAAUUUUGAGGAUUCCACAUACACAGGACUCUUUAUCUUAUAUAUAAUUAGAAUUCCAAAUUUUUAGAUACACAAACACAAAAUUUUAUGAAUUGAAAAUUAUUUUUAU